UUUCUCUGUUUGCUUUCACUUCCGCACUCCUUCGCCGCUAUCUCUAGCCUGUUAGCCUCUUGGGUGGCAUUUGGCACAUUUGAAGGGAAAGCGUGUUAUCUCUUCAGGGCAGAAUUAAAAGGGGGGGGGGGGAAACGUUGAUUAAAAAUAAUAAUGUAAAAAAGACUCCGCGCAGAUGAACUUUGUUUUAUGCGCAUAUCUAAAGAGUCGGCUAGUUGCUAAUUGAGUCAACCAGGAAGCGACGUUAGCGUGAGGAAGCUCAGAGCAACUGUUUAAACUGUCAGCUUGUAUGAUAAACUGUUAGAUUUCUCACAAAGAAGAUUUCCCCGCUGAUUCGCAGUGACGGAAAUCAUGAAGGUGUUCAGUAGCUGCAGAGGAAUCUCGUUCCUCGUGUGGAUCGUGGCAUUUCAUCUGGUCCUCUCUGUGAGUGGGGUGUAUAGUGUGAAGAGCACCAAAGACUGCUCACUGAUAUCUCACAGUCCAUUACAGCGGAAAGUUCUGGAGCGACUAGAGCCGCUCGUAGGAAAGAACUUUACAGCUGAGGACACGGCUUCGAACGAGAGCUACACGUAUGUGUUCCAGCUAUGUGGGGAUGCAGGGGGUGUUCGCGAUGCUGGGGUUAUUCAAGUGGACAAGAAACAGAAGACAACAGUGAUUGGCAAAUACACGAAUACACGGGCCAUUGGAGGAAGUGACUGGGUGAUGCUGAUCUACGAAAGUGGUGAAAAUUACACUUCACACUGCAAUAAGGAAGAAAGGAAAGCCAACAUUAUGAUCUCUUGCGACAGGAAUGUAAAAGUGAGUAAGCUAGAGGUGGGUCUGGAGGAAAGGGGAAAGAAGGAAGACUGUUUCUACCUGUUUGAGUUGGACACCAGUUCAGUGUGUCCAGUAAUUGAGUCCAAGCUCAGCACUGGCUCCAUUAUUCUCAUCAUUGGUUUCUCUCUUCUGGCUGUUUACCUUGUUGGAGGUUUCCUCUACCAGCGAGUGAUCGUUGGCGCUAAAGGGGUGGAGCAAUUCCCCAAUUAUGCUUUUUGGGUGGAGUUUGGAAACCUGACAGCGGAUGGAUGUGACUUUGUAUGCCGGUCGCGCAAGCGAGAGGAAUCGCCAGCUUACAGGGGAGUGGCUACAGACAAUUUACAGGAAGAGCCAGAGGAGAGAGAUGACCACUUGCUGCCUAUGUGACCUUAGUAUGUUGGGACUAAAAUCUUCACCGUGUGAUGCAGUUUAAUCGGUUACAGCUUAUCAGGCUGCUUGUAGACACAAGUCUGUUUUCUUGUGGGGGGGGGGUCGUGACUGAAUUACGUCAGUACCUGCUAAUUCUGUGUUUAUUCCAGACUUGUGCCUAGGGCAAAAAAAAUCUUUCAUUUCCCUGUCACACAGGAGGGCAUGUUACUCAUAGGGCUGACGAUCCUGUCCACACUUUUUACACCGUACGUUUCAAACAGUUGUUUGAUGUCAGACAAAUGAGUGAUUCCUCCAAGAAAGCUAUUUCACAAUAAAGACUCUUCUGUGAAAAUCUGGCAGAAAAGGGAGAAUUUGAAGAAUCAUAUUUCUAACUUGUGUCAGCGAAAUGCUACAUUGUGUACAGUUCUUUUCUGCUAAACGAAUGCUUUAUUUUUUUUCUCAGAUGUUGUUGGUUUGUCACGAGCAGAGGGGUGUACUAAAAAGCAAAUUCAAU